CUCCAGGAGGGUUGCGUGGGGAGAGAGCGUUCUGGAAGGGGCACACCCCUGGGCAGGGGAGGAUAAAACCCGAACUGCUCCCCGGAUCCAGCCCAGCACAGCUCCAACCCCUGCACCCAGCGGAGCCGCAGAAGCACCGGGAGCACACGCACACACCGGGAGCACACACCGGGAGCACACGCACACACCGGGAGCACACUCCAGGAGCACACAGAGAUGCUUUGCCGCCUGCACUUCAUGCCUCCCACCUCCAGCUCCCUAUUCCCGUGGCUGGGACCCGUCCGCACCCUCUGGCCACAUCCAGGCACCCUCUUCGCCGAGCUGGAGCGAGAGCUGAGGCUGGAGAUGGAGAGGGCACGGGAGUUCAUGAGCAGCUUCGAGCAGUUCCUCACCAGUGGGAGCAGCUCCAGCCGGAUGGGGAUCACCUCCGAGAGAGCCCCGAGCACCAGCGCGGCCCUGACCCAAAGCUCCGGGGAAGGUUUCUCCGUCUGCCAGGACGUGAAGGACUUCACUCCCGAGCAGCUGUCGGUGAAGGUGGUGGGCAGGAAGGUGGUGUUGGUGGGGCAGAAGGAGACGCAGAGCACGGACGACAAGGGCUCCUUCUCCUACAAGUAUGAAGUGCUGAAGAGGGAGUGGGACGUGCCCGAGGAGGUGGACGCCGAGGCUCUGACGUGCUCCCUGUCCAAGGAGGGGCAGCUGCGCAUCGAAGCCCCCCGGCUGGCCCUGCCGGCCGCCCCUGAGAGGAACGUGCCCAUCCAGAUGGGGCCGGCGGUGGAGCAGCCCGCAGCCAGCAACGACGACGGAGCCGAGCGGGCCAAGGCGUGACGGGGAGCGGCGGCGGGGCUGGGCUGAGCCCGGCUGUCGGGGCAGCUGCUUGGCCGCAGAGCCAGAGCCAGAAUUCACCAGGGUUUGCGUGACAGCCCGGUGUGAGGAGGGGGU